AUGAUUGUCGAAGAAUCGAACAGAUACCAUGAGACGAUUCCAAUACGAUGCAAGGAUUCAAACAAGAGAAAACAUCAAAAGGCGUGGGAACCCAUCGAUCGGAAAGAAAUGUACGUUUUUCUUGCAACAUUCAUGUUGAUGUCGGCCGUAAAGAAAUCGAAGAUGCAGGAAUAUUGGUCGACCGAUCCUUUGAUCGAAACGCCCAUUUUCAAAAAAAUAAUGCCGAGGGACCGCUUUCUCGAAAUCCUUCGAGCACUUCAUUUCAAUGACAACGAAAAACAGGUGCCAGGCGAUAGGUUGUUCAAAAUCAGACCAGUUAUGGAGUUGCUGAAGGACAGAUUUCCAUUUUUCAUCAACGCAUACAAAAAUUUGGCGAUAGAUGAAAGCUUGAUGUUAUGGAAAGGCCGUUUAUGUUUCAAACAGUUCAUCUCGUCAAAACGUCAUCGUUUCGGAGUGAAACUUUUCAUCCUUUGCGAUUGUUCGACUGGAGCCAUACUGGAUUUCAUUGUUUACACCGGAUCCAAUACAGAAAUUAUAUCGUACGAAGAACUCGGAAUUUCAGGCUCUGUUGUCAUGACACUUUUGCAGCCUUAUUUGGGGAAAGGACACAGCGUUUUCCUAGAUAAUUGGUACUCGAGUCCAAAGCUCUUUGUAGAAUGUGUCCGGAAAUCCGUCAAGUGGUACAAGAAAUUUUUUUUUCACUUGGUGGACAUGACUGUCUUCAACUGCAAUGUAAUGGCUACCAUACAAUCUGGACAAAAAUGCGGCCUGGGAAAGUUUCGAAACGAAUUAGUCCGCAAGUUGCUUUCGAAAUAUGGACAAAUUCAAACACCGAAGCAACGGAUAGUUUCGGCCGCUUCAACUCCAUAUCCUAAGCGCUUGAUCGAUCGUCAUUUUCCGUCGAAAAUUUCUUCCGACGGAAGCUCACGUUUGAGAACAAGAACCUGCUUCGUAUGCAGCCAUUCAAAGAGAAGAGAAAACAAAAGAUCAUCGUCAAGGUUUGAAUGUGUCGAUUGCAAUGUUGGGCUUUGUGUGUCGGAAUGUUUCAGAGAAUACCAUACCUUGUUGCACUUUUGA